UCAUUUAAUUGCAGCUGUCCAAGAAACAGGCCGGAGAUGCCUUCAUUUACCUGUGCAGUGGUUGACUGUAAAAACUCAAGUCGAGGUUUGCUCAAAUGGAAUUCAGGAACUUGUGACGUACACAAAUGCACCCGUAAAGAGGAACUGUGCACCUGCAAACCUCCUUACAGAUUUAUUCCGUUCCCAACAAAUAAAUUUUCACAACUGCGUGGAGAAUGGAUCCGUCAAAUGAGGCGUGUAGAUCCUUCAACCAAGAAGCCAUGGAUUCCUAAGCACUUCAGCAGGGUUUGUUCGAUACAUUUUGUUGAUCUUACCCCUUCUGCAAGUCGUGUCCCUACUUUGCAUCUCGGAUAUGAUGUUCCUCCACCCACAUCUAGAAGGACAAUAAAGCGAACAGUACCAGACCUUGUGCCUGCGAGACCUGCCCCAAAGGCUGUAAGAGCUGAUUCAGCUGAGCCAUCUGUUGCGUUAAAAAUGAUAGACUUUCUCGCCGAAAAUGGACAUGAUUAUAUAAUAUCAUAUGAUGUUCCUCCACCCACAUCUAGAAGGACAAUAAAGCGAACAGUACCGAACCUUGUGCCUGCGAGACCUGCCCCAAACGCUGUAAGAGCUGAUUCAGCUGAGCCAUCCGUUGCGUUAAAAGUGAUAGAUUUUCUCGCCGAAAGUGGACACGAUUAUAUAAUGCCAUGUAAAUGUGCUGUAUCAUGCCAUUGUAAAGAAGCUGCAACAAUCAUCCGAUCAUUAGAAGACGAAGUUGAGAUGCUCAAAAAAUUAGUAGGUAAACAUGCUUUGUAGGCUUCUUCAACUUUCACCAGCUGUCCCAUGAAAUAAUUUGAGAAUGGAUUUCAAAAGCGAUUCUCGAUUUGCAGCUGUUGCCAAAGAUCCUCGCUUCCGCCAGGUUCCAAAACAAGAGCGGAAGGUCAAGAUCGAUAAGCGUUUCCAAGGCAUGUUCACCGAUAAACGCUUCAAGCUAAAGUACUCGGUGGACAAACGAGGUCGCCCUGAAAACCAGACCUCUGGAGAGAAUCUGAAGAAGUUUUACGAACUCGAGGAAGAGGAUGAAGAUGAAGAAGAGGCCAUCAAAAGUGUAUCAGAGGAGGACAGUGAUGGAGGUCAAAGUUCAAAGCAGGAUGCAGGGAAGUCUUCACAAAAGAAAAAGCAGGCAAGAAGAAGGAGUGGGCGAGAACUUCUCUUGGCUUUCAAAAGGAGAAAAGCAAGGCUGUAUGGCCCUGAAGAUGCGAAUCAAAGCAUCAAUAACACAUUCCCACUGACUGACAAUGUAAGUGAAGAAGAUAAUGAUAUGGAAAGCUGUACUGAUAAUGAGGAAGAGGAAAGUGGACUUGGCAGUGAUGAGAGUCCUGGAAAGAGAUCAAAAGGAAAACGACGUGAUGUAGAACCAGACUCUGAUUCCGACUCUGAUUCCGACUCGAAGUCUAAGCUCUCAUGGCAGAAACAGAAGCAGAGAGGCAUCGACCUAGCCCGAGGUGAAGGAAAUGUUGAGACGAGUUCUUCUGACUCCGACUCUGAAGAUGAGGCACCCGCUACCGCUACACAGGGACCUGUCAUGGACGAGAUCUGCCACAACUGGGGGGAAUUGGAUGCUGAAGCCCCAAGGGAAGAGGCCACUAGUAGCAGAUUAGCCGUGUGUAACAUCGACUGGGACUGUGUAACGGCUAGCGACCUCUUUGUGCUUCUCAACUCGUUCAAGCCUUCUGGUGGAGUUCUCCAUUCUGUGAAGAUAUACCCAUCCGAGUUUGGACUGGAGCGGAUGCGGGAAGAAGAUGCUAAGGGACCUCAGGAGCUGGUGGAGAAGGAUGAGAAGAAGGAGAGGUUGAGUGGGAUCCAGCAGGAGCGAUAUCAGAGGGAGAAACUGCGCAAGUAUCAGAUGCAAAGGUUGAAGUAUUACUAUGCAGUGGCAGAUUGUGACAAUGCUGAUACAGCCAAUACCAUUUAUGAACAGUGUGAUGGAAUGGAGUAUGAAACCAGUGCAUCCAAGCUCGAUCUUAGGUUCAUACCGGAUGACACCACCUUCGACCACGAGCCCAAGGGUGUGGCAUGCGAAGCCCCGGAAGCCUCUCAGUUCAAGCCCCUGGAGUUCCAGACGACUGCCCUGACCCGAUCCAGCGUCCAGCUGACGUGGGAUGAGAAUGACAAGAGGAGGGCGAAGGAGACGGAUGAGCUCUUCAAGAGCAGGAAGAAGAUGGAGGAGAUGGAGUCGCACAUUCAGGCGUACCUGGCCUCAUCCAGUGAGGAGGAGGAGGAGGAGGAUGUGGAGGAUCGAGUGGAAGGAAGUUUAAAUGAGGAAACCGAAGAGAGCGAAAAUGCAACCCCUGUCAGCCAAAAGGACCGCAUCAACAAAUACCGGAAUCUUCUGAGGGGCAUAGAAGAGAAGGAGAAGCAGGAUGGAGAUAAAGACAUGGAGAUGGAGAUUUCUUGGGAACCAGGGCUGAAGGAAUCCACUCAAGAAAUAGUGAAGAAAAAAGCAGAAUCAAGCAGCUCAACACCUUGGGAGCAAUACUUGGAGAAGAAGAAGGAUAAGAAGAAAGAGCGUCAACAGGAGAGGAAGAAGCUGAAGGCUGGACAAAAUACUAAGGAUGUUGAUAUUGGAGAAGAAAUCCAGGCUUUCAGUGAUGAUGAACUUCCCGAUGAUAUUGACCUGAACGACUCUUUCUUCAAGGACUCCCUCAAGGAAAGCGAAUCAGGUGGAAAAGGAAAAAGGAAGGGCAAAAAGGAACAAGACAUGAAAACAGAAGAAGAAUUGGAAGAAGAGAAGCAAAGAAAGGCUGCACUAGAGCUGCUGAUGUUGGAUGAAGAGGACGACGGCAGGCAGCACUUUAACCUGAAGAGCAUCAUAGAAAACGAAAACAUGACGAAGAGCAAACGCAAGAGGCAACUGAAGCAAAAGCGCAAGCUUGGCCAGCCGGAGGAAGAAGUCCACACUGCCAUUCAAGACAAGUUUGAGAUCAACGCAGCAGACCCUCGUUUCGAUGCCCUGUUCACGUCGCACGAGUAUGCCAUCGAUCCCUCGGAUUCUCAGUACAAGAAGACCAAGGCAAUGGAGACAUUGGUCACAGAGAAACAGAGGAGGAGGGCGAGGAGAGAGAAGGAAGGGGUAGAAGAUGAAGAGAAGACAGCAGAGGAGAAAAAAGAGAAAAAGAUGAAUGUAGAGGUUUCACAGUUGGUCAGAUCAAUCAAGAAUAAAACGGAGCAGUUUCAUUCAAGGAAGAAGCUCAAAAUUGAUUCAUGAUAUGAUUUAGGUAAUGCAAUGGACUAUGAUAUUAAACAAUUUUAGAUAAAAUGUGGAAAAUAAGUAUCAAUCAGGGGUUCUGCAGCAUGGUUGGUUGGUAAAUACUCCCAAAACAAUAUUUUUAUGCCUCCGCAACGAAGAAGCCGGAGGCAUUAG